AAACACACUUUUCCAAUAUUUUUAUUUGCCAUGAGAUUCUGGUACACCUAUACUUUUAUAUUUUAACGCAUUUUUAAGUCUUAGCACCGACAGCGCCCCCUAUAUUCUCUCUCGACUUGCAUCACAUUUAAUAAACAACAUUUGCAUUAUGUACCUAAAAGUUCUGAUACUUACAACUUUGUAAUAAUUCACAUGCGACUGUUAAAUUAGACCUUUUUUGUUUAUUGUAAUUUUACAUACCUACUUUUAACUGUAUUAUAACUCGCUGUAUUCUUGGUUAUUAUUUAAAGUGAUAAUGUUAUUAUUUAUUGAUGUAUUACGUUACGGAAUGUAAAAAAUAUAUUCUUUAGUACCUACUAUGUAUUUCAAUCUCUUAAAAAGUGUUAUUGUGUGGUUUGUACCUGUAAAUAUUCAAUGAAUCAUCAUCAGAUUCAUCAACUUGAAUAAAAAGCAUGGGAGGUUAAUACCUCAUUUGAAAUUGUUGCUGGCCACUUGCGCAUUUUUUUAAAAUUUCAAAAAUUCAAUCAUCGUAACAAAUGACAUACGUCGUUGUCAAUUGUCGCAAAAGCGUAUCGAUUUUUAGAACAAGGGCGGUUCAUUUUAAAAAACGACGCCCUAGAUUCAUCAUCUUUCUCUUGAAUUCAAUGUUGGUUUGCGUAAUUUCUACCCUUUGGUUUAGUUAUGUCAUUUAUCAAAUUGCAUUGACGACUGCUAUUAUUGGCAGCCCAUGUCAAAAGCGAGUGCGCGGGAAUUAAACUUCAGCUACUCUGAGUAAAUUCGCCACGCUGCGUAGAUCCGUGAUCAAAGUUAUGAAGAUCAAACUGCCGCGCGAUCGAUUCCCGUCGACAUCAUCGACGGACGAGAACGAAAGCGGCAACGACUGGGAGUCCGACCCCAUGCGCCAUCCGCAGCAGCAUCCCCUCCCGCACCCCCAUACCCUCCCCGGUCACCCAGGUCAUCCAGGCCAUCCGGGCCACCCGGGUCAUCCAGGCCAUCCGGGCCACCCGGGUCAUCCAGGCCAUCCGGGCCACCCGGGUCAUCCAGGCCAUCCGGGCCACCCGGGUCACCCAGGCCAUCCCGGCCACCCGGGUCAUCCAGCCAUGAUGCAUCCGCGCCACCCGCCGCCCCCGCAGGCUAUUCUAGCGGGCUCGGUGCGCAAACGCCGCGGGAACCUGCCCAAACACUCUGUGAAGAUCCUCAAGCGCUGGCUCUACGAUCAUCGGUACAACGCGUACCCUAGCGAUGCUGAGAAACUCGCUCUCAGCCAAGAAGCCAAUCUGACUGUUUUGCAGGUGUGCAACUGGUUCAUAAACGCGCGCCGCCGCAUUCUGCCCGAGAUGAUCCGGCGGGAGGGGCACGACCCCCUGCACUACACGAUCUCGCGGCGCGGCCGCAAGCAGCCGGGGGCCAUCGGCGUGGGGCCCAUGGUGGGGCUGCCGGGGGCCUCGACCUCGGGUAUGGCCCUGGGGCCGGGGGCCAGCGUGACUGUCACGUCCUGGGAUGGAGUUGUAGUCGAGAACGAGCCGGGAGUCCGCAACGAGUACGGCGACGGUUUGCUCGUGUACCGCAGCGGCGACGAGCUGGCCGAACCUGAGGAGGGCUACUCCAGCGCCAUCAGCGAAGAGGAGGUCAAGUACGACCCCUCCGUGUGGCAGUCCGUCAUCCGCUACGCGCCUGAUGACAGGGACUUCCAUCCCGCUUCUAGAGGAACAGCGGCGGUGGUUACAGUUUCGACGACGGAGGCGCCGACUGAGUGGGCCCCGCCGCCGCGUCCGCGCCGCAUGCAGGUGAUGCCGGGGCACUCUGAUAGGGAGCAGGAGCAAUUCAAAUGCUUGUACCUGCUCGUGGAGACGGCCGUUGCUGUGCGCCAGAGGGAGAAGGAGCAAGAGGAAGCAAUCCUCCCAAUAUAGGAGGUUUUCUUACACUUAUGCCCGUCUUCACCAUCAAUCCCCAAUUUUUAAGUGACCCCUAUGAAAACAAAAUGCCUGUUAUGUGUUACCAUAGGGGUCACUUAAAGAAUAGGGAUUGAUGGUGAAAACAGGCAUAAGUUUGUAGUAUGGUUCCGCUUCUUACGCAUCGUGUCAGAUUAUAAAGAAAAUGUGGACCAUGAUAAAUGAUGCAAGUGCCUGAAUCCGUGCCUGCUCAUCAUAUUUUUUUCAGUUUUAAUUAACAAUUACCUACCUCUAAUGUUUUGUGUAUGCCUAUGCACUAGGCAUCUAGGAAAGUAAGGCAAGCUAGAAGUAAGCUGAAUAUUUUUUCUAUUGUACAGUCGAAUAUAAGAAUUAUCGCGUUUUUGUUAAUAAAUAAAUCGAAUGAA